UUUCGCUUCGCUUAGGGUGAGAGCGGAGCUGUAGCGACUUAAGCUUUGGUGGGAGGAGGGGUCUGGGAAGGGUUGGGCUCCGGCUUUCCCGGCCGGUGGAGGUUCUCGCGGGAUCGCGCGAAGGCGGCAGCGUUUCGGCUACUGACUGCAGCAGCCGCGGAGGCGGCAGCUACGUCUUCGGCUCGUACUGUUCUUUGCCGGUAGAUCUCUGAGAAGAGAGGAAGGAGUGGCAAUAACAAAUGAAAACUUUGUCUAAGGUUCAGUGGCAAAGUUCAACCUGAGUUUCCAGGACACUUAUCGUUUGCCUCCCAGUAUGGCCAGAAAACAUAUGUGAAGGUUCUCUAGUAGCAUAACCUGAAUUAGGUUAGUGCUCCAGAAGAACCAGCAGAUCAACUUGAUCAGGACGGUUCCGGAAUCUUUUGGAGCAGUGUUGGGAUUUCCCACCAGAAUGAGUAUGAUUGGCUGUGAUUUUAGAUCAUAAAGCAAAUAAUUGAAAUCAUGAAAGUAGACAGGACUAAACUGAAAAAGACACCUACAGAGGCCCCUGCAGACUGCAGAGCCUUAAUAGACAAACUCAAAGUUUGUAAUGAUGAGCAACUCCUCUUGGAACUACAGCAGAUUAAAACAUGGAAUAUUGGAAAGUGCGAGUUAUAUCACUGGGUGGACCUGUUGGACCGCUUUGAUGGAAUUCUGGCAGAUGCUGGACAGACAGUGGAGAACAUGUCAUGGAUGCUCGUAUGUGAUAGACCGGAAAGAGAGCAACUGAAAAUGCUUCUUUUGGCUGUGUUGAACUUCACAGCCCUGCUCAUUGAAUACAGCUUUUCUCGGCAUCUGUACAGUUCCAUAGAGCAUUUGACAACUUUAUUGGCGUCCUCUGAUAUGCAAGUGGUGCUGGCUGUCCUUAACCUUCUGUAUGUAUUUAGCAAAAGAUCAAACUAUAUCACACGUCUGGGAUCUGACAAGAGGACCCCACUGCUAACUCGGCUGCAACAUUUGGCAGAGAGCUGGGGUGGAAAGGAGAAUGGCUUUGGACUUGCAGAGUGUUGCAGAGACUUGCAUAUGAUGAAAUACCCACCCAGUGCAACUACACUACACUUUGAAUUCUAUGCAGACCCUGGGGCCGAGGUCAAAAUUGAGAAGAAGACAACUAGUAACACACUACAUUAUAUUCACAUAGAGCAGCUUGACAAGAUUUCAGAAAGCCCUUCUGAAAUCAUGGAAUCUCUUACCAAAAUGUACAGCAUUCCUAAAGAUAAGCAGAUGCUGUUAUUUACACACAUACGGCUGGCCCAUGGGUUUUCUAACCAUAGGAAGCGACUGCAAGCUGUUCAGGCCAGACUGCAUGCAAUAUCUAUAUUAGUGUAUUCUAAUGCCUUGCAGGAAUCAGCAAACAGUAUCUUGUACAAUGGGUUGAUAGAGGAGUUGGUAGAUGUCCUUCAGAUAACAGAUAAGCAGCUUAUGGAGAUUAAAGCUGCUUCUUUACGGACAUUAACAUCAAUCGUCCACUUGGAGAGAACUCCCAAACUCAGCAGUAUUAUUGACUGUACUGGAACUGCCUCCUACCAUGGAUUUUUGCCUGUACUUGUGCGGAACUGUAUCCAGGCCAUGAUUGAUCCUUCCAUGGAUCCGUACCCCCACCAGUUUGCCACUGCUCUCUUCUCUUUUUUAUACCAUCUGGCCAGCUACGAUGCUGGUGGUGAAGCCUUGGUCUCCUGUGGAAUGAUGGAAGCCUUAUUGAAGGUCAUAAAGUUUCUUGGCGAUGAACAGGAUCAGAUAACAUUUGUUACCAGAGCUGUGAGGGUGGUUGACCUCAUCACCAACCUGGACAUGGCAGCUUUUCAAUCCCAUAGUGGGCUUUCUAUCUUCAUUUAUAGACUUGAGCAUGAAGUAGAUUUGUGCCGAAAAGAAUGUCCAUUUGUGAUCAAGCCAAAGAUCCAGAGACCCAGUACCACACAAGAAGGAGAAGAAAUGGAAACUGAUAUGGAUGUUGCAGAUGUGACUAUGGAAAGCAGUCCAGGCUCAUCCAUCUCUAUGGAACAACGGCUGGAUGUUGAAUUAAGGACAUCAAGCUCCAACAACAGUGCUAACAUCUCUUCUGGGCCUGGGCCUGGGCCUGGGCCCGGCCCUGGCCCUGGCCCUGGCCCUGGGCCUGGCCCCGGUCCCGGCCCUGGCCCCGGCCCCGGCCCUGGGCCUGGCCCUGGUUCUCGUCCUGGUGUGCAGUGUAUUCCACAGCGAGCAGCACUUCUCAAAUCCAUGCUGAACUUCCUCAAGAAAGCCAUUCAGGACCCUGCUUUCUCGGAUGGCAUACGACAUGUGAUGGAUGGUUCUCUGCCUACCUCCCUGAAACACAUCAUCAGCAAUGCAGAAUACUAUGGCCCAUCACUUUUCCUCCUAGCUACUGAAGUGGUGACUGUGUUUGUAUUUCAAGAACCAUCACUGCUGUCCUCACUACAGGACAAUGGAUUAACAGAUGUCAUGCUGCACGCACUGCUUAUCAAAGAUGUUCCUGCUACCCGUGAAGUCCUUGGCUCCCUCCCAAAUGUAUUCAGUGCACUCUGCUUGAAUGCCCGAGGUCUUCAGUCUUUUGUACAAUGUCAGCCUUUUGAACGUCUCUUCAAAGUUCUUCUCUCUCCAGAUUACCUCCCAGCCAUGAGGAGGAGGAGGAGUUCAGAUCCCCUUGGGGAUACUGCAUCCAACCUAGGGAGUGCUGUUGAUGAGCUUAUGAGACAUCAACCUACCCUCAAAACGGAUGCAACAACUGCCAUCAUCAAGUUACUUGAAGAAAUCUGUAAUCUCGGAAGAGACCCUAAGUACAUCUGUCAGAAGCCAUCGAUCCAGAAGGCAGACGGCACUGCCACUGCUCCUCCCCCAAGGUCUAAUCAUGCUGCAGAAGAAGCCUCUAGUGAGGAUGAGGAGGAAGAGGAAGUACAGGCCAUGCAGAGCUUUAAUUCUACGCAGCAAAGUGAAACAGAGCCUAAUCAACAGGUUGUUGGUACAGAGGAACGUAUUCCUAUUCCCCUCAUGGAUUACAUCCUUAAUGUGAUGAAAUUUGUGGAAUCUAUUCUGAGCAACAAUACAACAGAUGACCACUGCCAGGAAUUUGUGAAUCAGAAAGGACUCUUGCCUUUGGUUACCAUUUUGGGUCUUCCCAAUCUGCCCAUUGACUUUCCCACAUCUGCUGCCUGUCAGGCUGUUGCAGGUGUCUGCAAAUCCAUAUUGACACUAUCGCAUGAACCCAAAGUCCUUCAGGAAGGUCUCCUUCAGUUGGACUCGAUCCUCUCCUCCUUGGAGCCCUUGCACCGCCCAAUUGAAUCCCCAGGGGGAUCAGUGUUGUUGCGAGAGCUGGCUUGUGCUGGUAAUGUUGCUGAUGCUACCCUCUCGGCCCAGGCCACGCCUCUGCUACAUGCACUCACUGCUGCUCAUGCCUACAUUAUGAUGUUUGUUCAUACUUGCAGAGUUGGACAGAGUGAAAUUCGUUCCAUUUCUGUAAACCAGUGGGGCUCUCAGUUGGGUCUGAGUGUUCUGAGCAAACUGAGCCAGUUAUACUGUUCCCUAGUAUGGGAAAGCACUGUUCUCCUCUCUCUCUGUACCCCAAACAGCUUACCAUCUGGUUGUGAAUUUGGCCAGGCAGACAUGCAGAAACUGGUUCCAAAGGAUGAGAAGGCAGGUACGGCCCAGGGCGGAAAAAAAUCAGAUGGAGAACAGGAUGGAACAGCUGGAAGUAUGGAUGCUUCUACCCAGGGCUUAUUGGAAGGCAUUGGACUAGAUGGUGACACAUUGGCUCCCAUGGAGACAGACGAACCUACUACUUCAGACUCUAAGGGCAAAUCUAAAAUCACACCAGCCAUGGCUGCCAGAAUCAAGCAAAUCAAGCCUUUGUUGUCAGCUUCAUCCAGAUUAGGCCGAGCACUUGCCGAGCUAUUUGGACUCCUUGUUAAACUUUGUGUGGGGUCUCCUGUGCGCCAGAGACGGAGUCAUCAUGCCGCCAGCACGACUACAGCACCAACACCUGCUGCUCGAUCAACCGCCUCAGCCCUCACUAAGCUCCUGACAAAGGGUUUGUCUUGGCAGCCUCCACCAUAUACACCAACGCCCCGCUUCAGGCUGACAUUCUUCAUCUGUUCAGUUGGUUUCACAUCCCCAAUGCUGUUUGAUGAGAGGAAGUAUCCCUACCACCUAAUGCUACAGAAAUUUCUCUGUUCUGGAGGCCACAACGCUCUUUUUGAAACUUUCAACUGGGCUCUGUCCAUGGGAGGCAAAGUCCCUGUUUCUGAGGGACUAGAGCAUUCAGAUUUACCUGAUGGUACAGGAGAAUUCCUAGAUGCCUGGCUUAUGCUAGUGGAGAAGAUGGUGAAUCCCACCACGGUGCUUGAAUCUCCACAUUCACUGCCUGCCAAAUUGCCUGGAGGUGUCCAGAACUUUCCACAAUUCAGUGCCCUGCGCUUCCUUGUGGUAACUCAAAAAGCAGCCUUUACUUGCAUCAAGAACCUGUGGAAUCGGAAACCCCUGAAGGUGUAUGGUGGGCGGAUGGCUGAGUCCAUGCUAGCUAUUUUGUGCCAUAUCCUCCGCGGAGAACCUGUGAUUCGAGAGAGACUGAGCAAAGAGAAGGAGGGAUCUCGGGGAGAAGAAGAUGCAGGGCAAGAAGAAGGUGGCUCCCGCAGGGAACCUCAAGUCAACCAGCAGCAGCUACAACAGCUCAUGGACAUGGGCUUCACAAGGGAACAUGCCAUGGAGGCCUUGUUGAAUACCAGCACCAUGGAGCAGGCCACAGAGUACCUUCUAACCCACCCUCCUCCAAUCAUGGGAGGAGUUGUUCGAGAUCUCAGCAUGUCCGAAGAGGACCAGAUGAUGAGAGCAAUUGCCAUGUCUCUGGGACAGGAUAUUCCAAUGGAUCAAAGGGCAGAGUCACCUGAGGAAGUUGCUUGCAGGAAGGAAGAAGAGGAACGGAAAGCCCGGGAAAAGCAAGAAGAAGAAGAAGCUAAAUGUCUGGAGAAAUUUCAGGAUGCUGACCCUCUGGAGCAAGAUGAGCUCCAUACUUUCACAGAUACCAUGUUACCAGGCUGUUUCCACCUUCUUGAUGAGCUGCCAGACACAGUGUACCGGGUGUGUGAUCUGAUCAUGACAGCAAUCAAACGUAAUGGAGCAGACUACCGGGACAUGAUUCUGAAACAAGUUGUGAAUCAGGUGUGGGAAGCUGCAGAUGUAUUAAUCAAAGCUGCUCUUCCACUGACAACAAGUGACACAAAAACUGUGUCAGAGUGGAUCAGUCAGAUGGCUACACUGCCCCAGGCCUCCAAUUUGGCUACUAGAAUCUUGCUUUUAACAUUGCUUUUUGAGGAGCUGAAGCUGCCUUGUGCUUGGGUGGUUGAAUCCAGUGGCAUCCUUAAUGUUCUAAUCAAGCUCUUGGAAGUGGUUCAGCCUUGCUUACAGGCCGCCAAGGAGCAAAAAGAGAUCCAGACCCCAAAGUGGAUCACCCCAGUGUUGCUCCUGAUUGAUUUCUAUGAGAAGACAGCCAUAUCCUCAAAAAGGAGAGCGCAGAUGACUAAGUACCUACAGUCCAACAGCAACAACUGGCGCUGGUUUGAUGAUCGCUCUGGGCGUUGGUGUAGUUACAGUGCAAGCAACAACAGCACUAUUGAUUCUGCCUGGAAGUCGGGAGAAACAAGUGUACGGUUUACUGCAGGCCGAAGAAGAUACACUGUCCAGUUCACUACAAUGGUGCAGGUUAAUGAGGAAACAGGAAAUCGACGCCCUGUGAUGCUGACUCUCCUCAGGGUACCACGGCUGAAUAAAAAUUCAAAAAACAGCAAUGGACAAGAACUAGAGAAGACGCUGGAAGAAAACAAAGAAAUGGAUAUCAAACGCAAAGAAAAUAAAGGCAAUGAUACCCCCUUGGCUCUAGAGAGUACAAACAGUGAAAAGGAGACAAGCCUGGAAGAAACAAAAAUGGGGGAGAUACUGAUCCAGGGCCUGACAGAAGAUAUGGUGACUGUUUUAAUCCGGGCCUGUGUGAGCAUGUUGGGAGUCCCUGUGGAUCCAGACACUUUGCAUGCCACCCUUCGCCUCUGCCUGAGGCUCACCCGAGACCACAAAUAUGCCAUGAUGUUUGCAGAGCUGAAGAGUACCCGCAUGAUCUUGAAUUUGACCCAGAGCUCAGGCUUUAAUGGGUUUACUCCUCUGGUCACCCUUCUUUUAAGACACAUCAUUGAGGAUCCCUGUACCCUCCGUCAUACCAUGGAAAAGGUUGUUCGCUCCGCAGCAACAAGUGGAGCAGGUAGCACUACCUCUGGUGUUGUAUCCGGCAGCCUUGGCUCUCGGGAGAUUAACUACAUCCUUCGUGUCCUUGGGCCAGCUGCAUGCCGCAAUCCAGACAUAUUCACAGAAGUGGCCAACUGCUGUAUCCGCAUCGCCCUUCCAGCCCCUCGAGGCUCAGGAACUGCAUCAGAUGAUGAAUUCGAGAAUCUUAGAAUUAAAGGUCCUAAUGCUGUACAGCUGGUGAAGACAACACCUUUGAAGCCCUCGUCUCUGCCUGUCAUUCCUGAUACUAUCAAGGAAGUGAUCUAUGAUAUGCUAAAUGCUCUGGCUGCUUAUCAUGCUCCAGAGGAAGCUGACAAAUCUGAUGCUAAACCUGGAGCUAUGACUCAGGAAGUUGGCCAGCUCCUGCAAGACAUGGGCGAUGAUGUAUACCAGCAGUACCGGUCACUUACUCGUCAGACCAGUGACUUUGAUGGACAGACAGGCUUUUCCAUUAAUAGUCAGGUUUUUGCUGCAGAUGGUGCCGCCGCUGAGAAUUCCACUUCUGGGGCCUCCCAAGUAGAAGCCGCUGCGACUCCAGAGGAGUCUCGAGAUGGGAAGAAAGAUAAAGAAGGGGACCGGGCCUCUGAGGAAGGCAAGCAGAAAGGCAAGGGCAGCAAACCUUUAAUGCCUACCUCCACUAUCCUUCGUCUUCUGGCAGAGUUGGUGAGAUCCUAUGUUGGUAUUGCUACCCUGAUUGCCAACUACAGCUACACUGUGGGCCAGUCUGAGCUGAUCAAAGAGGCAGAGCAACAAAGAAAGAGGGAGAGACAGACAGAGAUCUUCCAUCCACUGGUUCACUCCCCAAAUGUCCGCAACAGCCAGGGCUGGGCCAGGCUGAAGCCAGGAGCCAGGAACUCCAUCCUGGUCUCCCACGACUGCAGUGUGCUAGCUUUCGUGCUGGACCACCUCCUCCCGCAUACUCAGAAUGCAGAAGACAAAGACACACCUGCUCUGGCCCGCCUGUUCCUCGCAAGCCUCGCUGCUGCAGGAAGUGGCACAGAUGCCCAAGUAGCCCUAGUGAAUGAAGUAAAAGCUGCCCUUGGACGAGCACUGGCUAUGGCUGAGAGUACCGAGAAACAUGCCAGGCUGCAGGCAGUGAUGUGCAUCAUCAGUACUAUCAUGGAGUCCUGCCCCUCCACCUCCAGCUUCUACAGCAGUGCCACAGCCAAGACCCAGCACAAUGGCAUGAACAACAUCAUUCGACUCUUCCUGAAGAAGGGGCUGGUUAAUGACCUGGCCAGAGUGCCUCACAGCCUAGACCUGUCCAGUCCCAAUAUGGCCAACACAGUCAACGCUGCUCUGAAGCCUUUGGAAACACUUUCUCGGAUUGUGAACCAGCCCAGUAGCCUCUUCGGCAGCAAGAGUGCUUCUAACAAGAACAAGUCUGAGCAGGAUGCCCAAGGAGCCUCCCAGGACUCCAAUAGCAACCAGCAGGAUCCAGGCGAGCCUGGGGAAGCAGAAGUGCAGGAGGAGGAUCAUGAUGUCACUCAGACAGAGGUGGCAGAUGGGGAUAUCAUGGAUGGGGAGGCUGAAACCGACUCAGUGGUGAUUGCUGGGCAGCCUGAGGUGCUCAGUUCACAAGAGAUGCAGGUUGAGAAUGAGCUGGAGGACCUGAUAGAUGAGUUGCUUGAGAGGGAUGGCGGAUCUGGGAACAGUACAAUUAUAGUGAGCAGAAGUGGAGAGGAUGAAUCACAAGAGGACGUGCUGAUGGAUGAAGCUCCUUCCAACCUCAGCCAAGCUUCCACCUUGCAGGCCAACCGAGAAGAUUCCAUGAAUAUCCUGGACCCUGAGGAUGAGGAGGAGCACACUCAGGAAGAGGACAGCAGUGGCAGUAACGAGGAUGAGGAUGAUAGUCAGGAUGAAGAGGAGGAGGAGGAGGAAGAUGAGGAAGAUGAUCAGGAGGAUGAUGAAGGUGAAGAGGGAGAUGAAGACGAUGACGACGAUGGCUCUGAGAUGGAAUUGGAUGAGGAUUACCCUGAUAUGAACGCUUCUCCCUUGGUCCGAUUUGAACGCUUUGACCGGGAGGAUGAUCUCAUCAUUGAGUUUGACAACAUGUUCUCCAGUGCUACAGACAUCCCCCCAUCCCCAGGAAAUAUCCCUACCACCCACCCAUUGAUGGUACGUCAUGCAGACCACAGCUCCCUGACGCUGGGCAGCGGCUCCUCCACAACCCGCCUCACCCAGGGCAUUGGACGCAGUCAGAGGACGCUGAGGCAGCUGACAGCCAAUACAGGCCACACCAUUCACGUUCACUAUCCUGGAAAUCGCCAGCCCAAUCCUCCGCUUAUACUCCAGAGGUUACUCGGUCCCUCAGCUGCUGCUGACAUCCUACAGCUGAGCAGUAGCCUUCCCCUACAAAGCCGGGGCCGGGCCCGUCUCCUGGUGGGCAACGACGACGUCCACAUCAUCGCCAGGUCUGAUGACGAACUACUGGAUGACUUUUUCCAUGACCAGAGCACAGCUACCAGCCAAGCAGGAACCCUGUCCAGCAUCCCCACAGCCUUGACACGCUGGACAGAAGAGUGCAAAGUUCUUGAUGCUGAGAGCAUGCACGACUGCGUCUCAGUGGUUAAAGUGCCUAUUGUCAAUCACCUGGAAUUCCUGAGAGAUGAGGAGCUAGAAGAAAGGAGGGAGAAACGCAGGAAACAGCUGGCUGAGGAGGAAACAAAAAUAACUGACAAAGGCAAAGAAGAUAAGGAGAACAGAGAUCAGAGUGCACAGUGUGCUGCAUCUAAAACAAGUGACUCCGCUGAACAGAACCUCUCAGAUGGGACUCCUAUGCCUGACAGCUACCCAACUACACCAUCUUCAGCUGAUGCAGCUACAUCUGAGGCCAAGGAGACCCUUGGCACUCUGCAGCCCUCACAGCAGCAACCAGCACUCCCACCCCCACCAGCCUUGGGACAGGCUCCUCGGGAGCUGCAGUCCCCAGCUGGAGAAGGGGGAGGCUCUACACAGCUAUUGAUGCCUGUAGAGUCAGAGGAAUUGGGUCCCACAAGGCCAAGUGGAGAAGCAGAGACAACUCAGAUGGAGUUAUCCCCAGCUCCCACCAUAACCUCUCUUUCCCCAGAGAGAGCUGAAGAUUCGGAUGCAUUGACAGCUGUCAGCAGUCAACUGGAAGGCUCUCCCAUGGACACCAGCAGCCUGGCCUCCUGUACCCUAGAGGAGGCUGUGGGUGACACCUCAGCAGCUGGCAAUUCUGAGCAGCCCGCAGCAGGCAGCUCCACUCCUGGGGAUGCCCCACCAGUUGGGGCAAAUGUGCAUGGCAGGGGUGAUGGGUCAGGGGAACCUGCCCAACCUCCUGAGGACAGCUCUCCCCCUGCAUCCUCUGAGAGUUCUUCCACCAGAGAUUCUGCCGUGGCCAUAUCUGGAGCAGAUUCCCGAGGGAUCCUAGAAGAACCACUGCCUUCAACAAGCAGCGAAGAGGAAGAUCCGCUUGCAGGUAUCAGUCUCCCCGAAGGUGUGGACCCCUCUUUUCUGGCUGCUCUGCCUGAUGACAUUCGUCGAGAAGUCCUGCAGAACCAGCUGGGCAUCCGUCCGCCAACCCGGACUGCCCCUUCCACAAAUAGCUCAGCUCCUGCAGUGGUGGGGAAUCCUGGUGUGACUGAAGUGAGCCCCGAGUUCCUGGCUGCCCUGCCUCCAGCCAUACAGGAAGAAGUGCUGGCACAGCAGAGAGCUGAGCAGCAGCGACGGGAACUAGCACAGAAUGCCAGCUCAGACACCCCCAUGGACCCUGUCACCUUCAUCCAGACUCUGCCCUCAGACCUACGCCGUAGUGUUCUAGAGGACAUGGAGGAUAGUGUGUUGGCCGUGAUGCCACCUGACAUUGCAGCUGAGGCUCAAGCCCUGAGACGAGAGCAGGAGGCCCGGCAACGGCAGCUCAUGCAUGAGCGUCUGUUUGGGCACAGCAGUACCUCUGCGCUCUCUGCCAUUCUCCGAAGCCCGGGUACAGAGGGAGCUUUCACCAGUCGCCUUAGUGGUAACCGUGGGGUGCAGUAUACUCGUCUUGCCGUGCAGAGAGGUGGCACCUUCCAAAUGGGUGGUAGCAGCAGCCAUAACAGGCCUUCCGGCAGUAAUGUGGACACUCUCCUCCGCCUCCGAGGACGGCUCCUUCUAGACCAUGAAGCCCUGUCUUGUCUCCUGGUCCUACUUUUUGUGGAUGAGCCGAAGCUCAAUACGAGCCGUCUCCACCGAGUACUGAGAAAUCUCUGCUACCACGCUCAGACCCGCCACUGGGUCAUCCGCAGCCUCUUGUCCAUCUUGCAGCGUAGCAGUGAGAGUGAGCUAUGCAUUGAAACACCUAAGCUCUCCACGAGUGAGGAAAAGGGGAAAAAAUCGAGCAAAAGCUGUGGGUCAAGCAGCCAUGAGAACCGUCCCCUGGAUCUGCUUCACAAAAUGGAAUCAAAGAGCUCCAACCAGCUUUCCUGGCUCUCAGUGUCCAUGGAUGCAGCCUUAGGCUGCAGGACUAACAUAUUCCAGAUCCAGCGUUCAGGGGGCCGCAAACAUACUGAGAAGCAUGCAAGCAGUGGCUCCACUGUCCACAUCCACCCCCAGGCUGCUCCUGUUGUCUGCAGACACGUUCUGGACACACUCAUUCAGUUGGCCAAGGUGUUUCCCAGCCACUUCACACAGCAACGGACCAAAGAACCAAACUGUGAGAGCGAUCGGGAGAAGGGCAGUAAGCAGGCCUGCAGCCCAUGUUCCUCACAGACCACCAGCAGUGGCAUUUGCACAGACUUCUGGGACUUGUUGGUAAAACUGGACAACAUGAAUGUCAGCCGGAAAGGCAAGAACUCCGUGAAGUCAGUGCCAGUGAGCGCUGGUGGUGAGGGGGAAACCUCCCCGUACAGCCUUGAGGCCUCUCCCCUGGGGCAGCUCAUGAACAUGUUGUCGCACCCCGUCAUCCGCCGGAGCUCUCUCCUAACCGAGAAACUCCUCAGACUCCUUUCGCUCAUCUCAAUUGCUCUCCCAGAAAACAAAGUAUCGGAAGCACAGGCUAAUUCUGGCAGCAGCGCUGCCUCCACCACUGCUGCCACCUCCACCACAUCUACCACCACUGCCACCGCCGCCUCCUCCACGUCCACACCCGCGGCAACCACCCCUGUCACUUCUACUCCAGCCCUGGUCGCCGCCUCCGCUAUUUCCGCCAUUGCCGUAGCUGCUUCGACCACAGUGACUACCCCCACGACUGCUACCACUACUGUUGCAACUUCUACUACUAAGGGCAGCAAAUCUCCAGCGAAGGUGGGUGAGGGGGGCAGCGGUGGUGCAGACUUUAAGAUGGUAUCCUCAGGCCUCACCGAAAACCAGCUACAGCUCUCCGUGGAGGUUUUGACAUCCCACUCUUGUUCUGAAGAAGGCCUAGAAGAUGCAGCCAAUGUGUUACUGCAGCUCUCUCGUGGGGACCCUGGGACCCGGGACACGGUUCUCAAGCUGCUACUCAAUGGAGCCCGCCAUUUGGGUUACACCCUUUGUAAACAGAUAGGUACCCUGCUAGCCGAGCUGCGGGAAUACAAUCUGGAACAGCAGCGGCGAGCCCAGUGUGAGACCCUCUCUCCUGAUGGCCUGCCUGAGGAGCAGCCACAGACCACCAAGCUGAAAGGCAAAAUGCAGAGCAGGUUUGACAUGGCUGAGAAUGUGGUAAUUGUGGCAUCUCAGAAGCGACCCUUGGGCGGCCGGGAGCUCCAGCUGCCUUCUAUGUCCAUGUUGACAUCCAAGACAUCUACCCAGAAGUUCUUCUUGAGGGUACUACAGGUCAUCAUCCAGCUUCGGGACGACACACGCCGAGCUAACAAGAAAGCCAAGCAGACAGGCAGGCUAGGUUCCUCCGGUUUAGGCUCAGCUAGCAGCAUCCAGGCAGCUGUUCGGCAGCUGGAGGCUGAGGCUGAUGCCAUUAUACAAAUGGUACGUGAGGGUCAAAGGGCCCGGAGACAGCAACAAGCAGCAACGUCGGAGUCUAACCAGUCGGAGGCAUCUGUCCGGAGGGAAGAGUCACCCAUGGAUGUGGACCAGCCAUCUCCCAGUGCUCAAGAUACUCAAACCAUUGAAAACGAGGCUGCAUUGUGCUGCUUGGCUACUGGGCAGAAUUUAGAACAUAUCUCCGAUGGAUACCAGGAAAAGAUAGCUUCAGAUGGAACCCCACAGGGGGAGAAGGAAAAGGAGGAGAGGCCGCCUGAAUUACCCCUGCUCAGUGAGCAGCUGAGCCUGGACGAGCUGUGGGACAUGCUAGGGGAGUGCUUAAAGGAACUGGAGGAAUCCCACGACCAGCAUGCGGUGCUAGUGCUGCAGCCUGCCGUCGAGGCCUUCUUUCUUGUCCAUGCCACAGAGCGCGAGAGCAAGCCUCCUGUCCGAGACACUCGAGAGAGCCAGCUGGCACACAUCAAGGACGAGCCUCCUCCACUCUCCCCUGCCCCCUUAACCCCAGCUACACCCUCCUCCCUUGACCCCUUCUUCUCCCGGGAACCCUCAUCUAUGCACAUCUCCUCAAGCCUGCCCCCCGACACGCAGAAGUUCCUUCGCUUUGCAGAGACUCACCGCACUGUGUUAAACCAGAUCCUACGGCAGUCCACCACCCACCUUGCCGACGGGCCUUUUGCUGUCCUCGUGGACUACAUUCGUGUCCUCGACUUUGAUGUCAAGCGCAAGUAUUUCCGCCAGGAGCUGGAGCGUUUGGAUGAAGGGCUCCGGAAAGAAGACAUGGCUGUGCACGUCCGCCGUGACCAUGUGUUUGAAGAUUCCUAUCGUGAGCUGCAUCGCAAAUCCCCUGAAGAAAUGAAGAAUCGAUUGUAUAUAGUAUUCGAAGGAGAAGAAGGGCAGGAUGCCGGAGGGCUCCUGCGGGAGUGGUAUAUGAUCAUCUCUCGAGAGAUGUUUAACCCGAUGUAUGCCUUGUUCCGUACCUCACCCGGUGAUCGAGUCACCUACACCAUCAACCCGUCUUCCCACUGCAACCCCAACCACCUCAGCUACUUCAAGUUUGUUGGACGCAUUGUGGCCAAAGCUGUAUAUGACAACCGCCUCCUGGAAUGCUACUUCACUCGGUCCUUCUACAAACACAUCUUGGGCAAGUCUGUCAGAUACACAGAUAUGGAGAGUGAAGAUUACCACUUCUACCAGGGCCUGGUUUAUCUGCUGGAAAAUGAUGUCUCUACACUAGGCUAUGACCUCACCUUCAGCACUGAGGUCCAAGAGUUUGGAGUGUGUGAAGUUCGUGACCUCAAACCCAAUGGGGCCAACAUCUUGGUAACAGAGGAGAAUAAGAAGGAAUAUGUACACCUGGUGUGCCAGAUGAGAAUGACAGGGGCUAUCCGCAAACAGCUGGCCGCUUUCUUAGAAGGCUUCUAUGAGAUCAUUCCGAAGCGCCUCAUUUCCAUCUUCACGGAGCAGGAAUUAGAGCUGCUCAUAUCAGGACUGCCCACCAUUGACAUUGAUGAUCUGAAAUCCAACACUGAGUACCAUAAGUACCAGUCCAACUCUAUUCAGAUCCAGUGGUUCUGGAGAGCAUUGCGUUCUUUCGACCAAGCUGACCGUGCCAAGUUCCUCCAGUUUGUCACGGGUACAUCCAAAGUGCCCCUACAAGGCUUUGCCGCCCUCGAAGGCAUGAAUGGCAUCCAGAAGUUUCAGAUCCAUCGAGAUGACAGGUCCACAGAUCGCCUGCCUUCAGCUCACACAUGUUUUAAUCAGCUGGACCUGCCUGCCUAUGAGAGCUUUGAGAAGCUCCGCCACAUGCUACUAUUGGCCAUCCAGGAGUGCUCUGAAGGUUUUGGGCUGGCCUAAGGAGGCCCUGCCCACAUCUGUGGGGUUUUUCUACCAUUGUUGGACCUGGGGAGGGGGGAAAUUUAAAAAGAACCAGAAAGAAAAUGUCAAAAACCAAUAAAUGAAAUCCACCAACUCACCAUGUGUGUGUCCCAGCUGCCCCAUCUUCCCCAGUGCAUACCUGGUGCCCUUCUCCUGCUCAUUCUCUCUCCUGCCCUCCCAUUUCCUCGCCUCCUCUCCCCUUUUUGUGCCGUCCAUGAUCCCCCACCCCAUGUGUUAAAAAAGGCGGUAGCCUUCGCAGGGACCUGUUUGUCCCAACUGUUUGAACAGUGUGCUCCUCAGAUUCUGUGUUCAGAAGGAUUUGCUGCAUUGAGACUUGAAACCUUUGGAUAGGGGAAAAAUUAUAUAUAUAUAUAUUUUUUUGUUCUGUUUGCAUUUCUUAAUUUGUGCUUGGAAUGUGUUGAUGUGCACAGCUAAUGAUUCAAUGCGAGACAAGAUUGGCGUCUGUGUUGUGGAGGUUUCAAAUAAAGAGCACUCUUCAUAACUCACCUUUCACAAUGGAGUUUUUUUCAAACUUUUCAAAAAAAAAAAAAACUCAAAA